UUGGCGCACGCGGAAGUGGCUUUACAUUUCCUUUUCCUAAAAAAAUUUCAAAUAUUAUUUAUUAAAAGUUUACAAACAAGUUUUCCGGGUUCAAAAUAAAAAAUACCUGCUUUCAUAUCACCGAUCAACUAUAGUGUUUUGUGAAGUGGUUAAUAUACCAAUCAAACAAUGGAAGUGGCGGACCUAAAUGAUUUAUUAAAUGUUCGAGGUAUUAAAAUGGAAACUGGAGAAAACGGCUUCGUUGACUCCGAAUGUGUUGAAACUUCGGACCCUCUAACGUUAAUACCUCAAUAUGUGACCGAAUCUGACCUAGGGUUAAUGCAAACUGGUACUGAGAUCCUGGAAGCUCCACUUGCGGUGUUUACUGAUACAGUGGAUGAUGAUGAUACCAUGCAAAGCACUGACUCUAGUGAGGAAGUGAUAGUUCAACUAAUGGACAUAAGGACAAGACUGUCCCGUCUCCGUUCCAUGUUGGAGAGAAGGCUAAAUACUGAUCUAUCAGAUUAUACUUUCUGGUUACAGGAUGCUAAAAUGCUGGAAAGUCAUAAAACCUUAGUGGAGCAAUGUAUCCGAGGAUCUGGUGUAGUUCAGGUGAACAUACAGAUCCGAACAGCGCAGAAGAAGAUCAACAUCAUGGACGUGCUCAAACCUGAUGAGGAACUGCUCCAACUCCCUCAGGAGGAAGAACAACUGCAAGAAAUAAUACCAGAACCGCAGGCAAUGGAAGAGGUGGAGCCAACCCAGAACACGCCCCACGCCGCUGCAGUCAAAUGGGUGGUGGACGCGAACUUCAGAAAUGACAAUAGCCGAGCCAGAAUACCUGACGACCCUGCACAGUGGUCAGUGCAACACGUGAAGCUAUGGAUACAGUGGGCUGUCCGCCAGUUCAACCUGACCGGCAUUAAGCUAUCGGACUGGAACAUCAACGGCGUAGAGCUCUGCGCCAUCAAUAAUAUCGAUUUUAAAGAAAAAGUUCCAUCAGAUCCGGGCGACUUGUUCUGGACACACUUUGAAUUGUUGCGGAAGUGCAAGUUUAUAGCAGUAAUACAAAACGAAGAACCCGUUGUGAAAGAUCAGUUGGAACUGCCGCAGUCUGCUAUCAAAAAGAAACCCAAAUUGAUAAUUCGCCAAUCGACGGAGGAUGACGUCGGUCAGUACUACACGUCGCGUAAUGGAAACAACGGUCAAAUACAACUCUGGCAGUUCCUUUUAGAACUGCUGACUAGCGCGGAAUAUUACGACGUCAUCCGGUGGCAUGGCACAGAAGGAGAGUUUAAACUGUUGGAGCCGGAAAAAGUAGCACGACUUUGGGGCAAGCGGAAACUAAAACCUGCGAUGAACUACGAGAAACUAUCCAGGGCCCUGCGGUAUUAUUACGACGGGGAUAUGAUAUCGAAAGUCGCGGGUAAAAGGUUCGUGUACAAGUACGUAUGCGAUCUCCGACAGUUGCUGGGGUACGGCGCGGGUGAAUUAGCGGAACUGGUCAAGGAGGUACACGAUUCCAUGAAACUUUGCGAUGACAACGGCCUUUCUUAGCUGAGAUCAAUAAUGCCUUCCGGGGCCCUUACUAUCAGCGUUUAAAGCAGUAUCAUUACAAUAUUGAUGUUUGCUUCAGAAUUAUAGUCUUUAUUUAUAGGAAAUCAAGGUAUGUCAAAUUAAUUGUAAUUUUAACAUAUAUAACUUUUUUAAGCACAUCAACCUAUUACCGGCCUGUUCUGUAGUGGAAAGAUCAUAGGUGUCCUCAAACAAUUUAAAAGGGCCGUAAGGGCCGAAGUCCAGCGUGUGUCCACCACGCUGGCCUAGUGCGGAUUGGUGGACUUCUGUAUUUUGAUCUGAUCUGUCUUAUAUAUUUUGGUUAGUAACAGGAUAAAAAAUAUUGUGAGUGCCCAGUGGGUAGGCCUUCGACCUCACUGUUGGGUGGCCGCAAAGGUGAAGGAAAACAUCGUGAGGAAACCUGCAUGCCUGAGUGUUCUCCAUACUUUUCUCAAAGGUGUGUGGAGCCGGCCCAAUCCGCACUGGGCCAGCGUAGUUGACUACAGCCCCCCCCUCCCCCAUCAUUAUGGUAGGACAUCCGUGCCCUGCAGUGGGCCAAUUAUGGGUUGAUAUGAUGAUAAUAAUGAUCUAACCGGUUACCUGAUUUAACGUUCUCUAUAACACCGAAAUGAUAUGGUCACAGGAUCGGUUGCAUGUUGACUUAAGCGGACGAUUUCAUAACGUCCAAUUAACCUGCAAAGUAAACAAAAUCCUUCCGUUGGGCAGUGGCUUGCACUGAAUGCACAAAAGCACUGCCUACCCUAAAAUUGCUAUAUAGCUCCAAUAAGAGGAGGAU